CCACCCUCGACACUCACUUUUCACCAUUCACCACUCUAUACUCACUGUCCGCCCUGCAACGAUCUCUAGCUACCACCACCUGAAUUCACAAUGGCUCUCUCUCAACUCGAAAAGGAAGACAAGGAGCGUGAUGCACAGUUCAAGCAAGCCCUGCAUGGCAAGACUGGCGAAGGACGAGGCGGUUUGAUCGCAGCGAUGGGCAAGAACAAGGAAGCCCAAAAGGCUGCUGUCGACGAAUAUUUCAAGCACUGGGACAACAAGGCCUCCGCCGAGGAGACGGAGGAGACACGCAAGGCCCGCCGCGACGAGUACGCGACCCUCACGCGCCAUUACUACAACCUCGCGACCGAUCUCUACGAAUACGGCUGGUCGCAGUCUUUCCACUUUUGUCGCUUCUCUACCGGCGAGCCAUUCAGACAAGCAAUCGCGCGACACGAGCACUACCUCGCCUUGAAGAUGAAUCUCCAGGAGAACCAGAAAGUGCUAGAUGUGGGAUGUGGUGUCGGCGGACCUGCACGUGAAAUCUGCAAAUUCUCGGGCGCGAACAUCACUGGUUUGAACAACAACGAUUACCAGAUUGAGCGUGCAACGCAAUAUGCGAAAAAGGAGGGAUUGGCACACAAGCUGAAUUAUGUCAAGGGCGACUUCAUGCAAAUGUCUUUCGAGGACAACUCAUUUGAUGCCGUGUACGCCAUCGAAGCUACAGUGCACGCUCCCUCUCUCGAGGGCAUCUACAGCGAAAUCUUCCGCGUCCUCAAGCCCGGUGGUGUGUUUGGAGUGUACGAGUGGUUGAUGACGGAUGCAUACGAUAACAACAACCCCCAUCAUCGCGAGAUUCGUUUGGGAAUCGAACAAGGAGAUGGCAUUUCCAACAUGGAGAAGAUUGAAGUUGCACUUGCGGCGAUGAAGGCAGCUGGCUUCGAGUUGGAGCUGAAUGAAGAUUUGGCGGAUCGGCCUGAUGAGUUCCCCUGGUACUGGCCUCUGUCGGGAGAGCUGAAGUACAUGCAGAGCAUUUGGGACUUCCCCACGCUAGUGCGUAUGACGAAGCUUGGUCGUGGCAUCGUACACAAGUUUGUGGGUGCGCUCGAGAUGAUCAACUUGGCACCUCGAGGCACGCAAAAGACUGCGGAUUCGCUUGCUGUGGCUGCGGAUUGCUUGGUUGCUGGUGGCCGUGAAAAGCUGUUUACACCCAUGUAUCUCAUGGUGGCACGCAAGCCCGCGAAGAAAUAAAAGUGGCAUGCAAUGUCAGUUUUUCUUUCUUUCUUUCUUUCCCUUUUCAGAAGACUGCUUGGGUCCGGAAUCUGGACGGGCUUUGUUUGCAUUGUGAUUGGGAUUGGUGUUGAUCUACGAAUUGUAGACGUGCCCGGGUUUAUAAGGUACAGGUAGUUAAUGUACGAAGCAUCUUGUGGGAGCUGAUCUUGAC